AUGGAGAGGCGAGGGAGGUGGGGAGGAGGUGACGUAGCGGGGCGACGGCGCCGCGGACUGGAGCGGGGGAAGAGGGACGGGGACGGAGGGCGGGUCCGGCGCGGGCGCGCUGACGUCGCCGUGCGUUGUGACGUCGCGCGCCGCCCUCCGGAGUGUGUGGUAUCUGGCGCUGUGCGUGUGUUUGCGUGUUUGCGCCGGCCCUGCCUGCCCGCCUCCCUCUGCCUCUCCCCGGAGGGGCCGCAGUGGGCCGCGGAGACGGUGAGUGAGGCGCCGGGGAGCGGUGGGGACGACGACGGCGGAGCGGGAGCGGGCCCUGAGGGGGCGCCGCGGGCCUCGCCCCCUCCCCCACCCCCUCCCCGCCCUGAGGGCCCCUCCCCCUCCCCAGUGGUCCUCAGGAGGUGCAGGAGGCCCCGCCCACAGGGGAGGGGCUGGGCGGCGGACACGCCCCUUCCCGAGCCCCCCGCCCCGCCAGUAUAAAGAUGUGGAAAUAGACACACUUUAGGGGGGCUGGGAGGGGCCUCCUCACACCCCAGGCCCUGCUCUCCAUCACCCCCACCCGCCCCUUUCCCAAAUUAAGGUGUUAAAUCCCCUUUUCUUUGCCCCCACAUAUAGAGGCAUUCAUGUGCAAAUUGGGUGGGGGUACUGAGCCUCUGUUUUCCCUCCUCCCCGCAUGCCCACCCCAUCACAUUCCAGCCCCAGCUCCCCAUCACCCCCACCAGCCCCUUUCCCAAAUGAAGGUAUGAAUCCUCCUCCCCUUUGCCCCCACAUAUGUGCAAAUUGGGUGGGGGGUGAGGGUACUGAACCCCAGCUUUCCCUCCUCCCCACUUGCCCACCCCAUCACAUUCCAGCUCCAGCUCCCCAUCACCACUACCCAUCCCGUUCCUAGUUUAAGGGGUUAAGUCCCCUUCUCUUUUGCCCCCACAUAUAGAGGCAUUCAUUUGCAAAUUUGGGGGGGGGGUACUGAGCCUCUGUUUUCCCUCCUCCCCACAUGCCCACCCCAUCACAUUCCAGCCCCAGCUCCCCAUCACCCCCACCCACCCCUUUCCCAAUUUAAGGUAUAAAUCCUCCUCCCCUUUGCCCCCACAUAUGUGCAAAUUGGGUGGGGGGUGAGGGUACUGAACCCCAGUUUUCCCUCCUCCCCACUUGCCCACCUCAUCACAUUCCAGGCCCAUCAGCCCCACCCCUUUCCCAGUUCAAGGUGUUAAAUCCCCUUCUCUUUGCCCCCACAUAUAGAGGCAUUCAUGUGCAAAUUUGGCAGGGGUGGGGGUAGUGAGCCCAGUUCCCCUCCUCCCCACAUGCCCACCUCAUCACAUUCCAGCCCCACCUACCCCUUUCCCAGUUUAAGGUAUAAAUCCUCCUCCCCUUUGCCCCCACAUAUAGAGUUAUUCAUGUGCAAAUUUUGUGGGGGCUGAGGGUACUCAGCCCGUUUCCCCUCCUCCCCACUUGCCCACCCCAUCACAUUCCAGCCCCAGCUCCCCACCACCCCCACCCGCCCCUUUCCAAAAUUAAGGUGCUGAAGCCUCUUCUCUUCGCCACCCCCAGUAUAGAGAUAUGCAUGUAUUUGAUGUUAUAUACGCACUGUGGGGGGGCCUGAACCCCUGUUCUCCCUCCUUGCCUGUCACCCACCCCUCACAUUCCAGCUCCUGUUGCACACCCUUGUCAUCACUUCCCCAAAUUUAAUAUAUUUAAUUUAUUUAAUACUCUUAAUAUAUUUAAUACUCUUCUCUCCCACCCCCCACCCCAAUAUUAAAGCUGGGUUUAAGAGAAGGUUGGACAUAUCUGGGUGGAGGUGGGGAUCAUAGAAUUGUUGAGUUGGGAGGGACCACGAGGGUCAUCUUGUCCAAACCCCACAAUGCAGUAAUCUGUUGCCCAAUAUGGGGCUCAAACCCAUGGCCUUGAAAUUAAGAGUCCCAUGUUCUACCAACUGAGGUUUUCCAACGUCCAAGGACCUGUGAUGGGUAAGGGGAACCUGCGCUCAGGGUUCAGUGCACUUCAACAGACCAGAUCCUGGAGACUGGCAGUGUUGGGCUGGUGAUGGUGAUGUUGCUUUCAGGCCCUGUUUCCUGAGGGAUGCUGGGCUAGGUGUGCCUUUGCUCUGAUCUAGCCGUGUUCUUGUGCUUUCUCCUCCAUUGUUUGUAUUCCAUCUCUUAGGAUUCCUCCACCUUCAAUCCCUAAGGUGAGUUCUGGAGUCAUAGAAAUUAGAGGGAGGACUUUGACAGGCUCUAGCCCUGCUCCUUGCUCAGUGCUUAAAAUCUAGCCCUAGAGCAUCUCCCAACAGCUGGCUGUCAUUUCCAUCUCUCUCAAUCUCAAUUUGUGGUAUCCAUUCUUAGCCUUGCCCCAGCCCCAAUACUGGGUGUUUUGUUUUAGGUGAGACUGAAUACCCUCCUUUCUUCCUAACCUAGAUCAUCCAUCCUUUUCUCCCCACCCCAUUCCAUCAUCAGUUCCACCUUUUGACCAGUAGUCAACAUUCCCCUCUUUAAAUCUAGGCAUUUUCCUCACACACAUUUUCCUCCCCAAAGCCCAGGAGUUGUGCUGAUAAUCAUUAUUAGCCCUUUGCACUUAAAAUCCCUUCUUUCUACAGUAAGUAACAUUUAAGGCUCCCUCGCUUGGUUUGGGCAUUAACUAUUAAUCCAGUUAUCCAGCCAAUGAUACUCUUAUCUAGUGCUUUACCUCUCUCCUGGCCCAGGAACUUUCCACAUUCAGCAAGCCUCCUCCCCACCUCCAGAAGCAGCUUCCCUUGUCUUCUCUCAUCUGGAACACAACUUGGAAGGAUCUUAAAGUGCCUUUAAUCAUUUUCUCCUCUCCUCGCCACUCCUUAGACCAAAUGGGCACAUCAUAAUGAAGCAGCUGUGCCCAUUGUUCACCUAAGAGUCUUAUUGGGAAAUUUCUUCCCAGGUCAGUUUGUUUCCUGAGAGUUUUGAAAGGCUUCUCCAAGAGAGCCGGAACAUUCUUAUCCCUAGGCACAAGUUUAAACUGUUGCAGCAAAAUGUAUGUUCAGACUGCUUCCUGAUGAUCCCAGUCCAAAAGCUUGUGCUCUCCCUCCCCUUCAAUAGAUGAAAACUCAUUGGUUGCUUUUAUGACACCUGUAAGGUGGUUGGGAAGAUGUGUACCGUAUAGAAAUCCCAGUUUUCCUCUGGGCAUUUAGAGAAAUGGAUGCUCUGACUUAGGCUGAAUGGUGACCCUUCAACUCCUCAGAGGGGACAACGUGUGCUAUUGGUGCAGAACUUGAGCAUCUCUCUGCAAGAAUUGAACACAUUGGGGGUGGGAUUUGGCAGGCUUAUUGGUACCUUGUGGUAGUUGCACAUUUAGCUCUUCCUGGUCACAUGACCCUGGUGGGCUUGGUGUAAUUUUCUGGUACACUUUCAGUUUGAGUCUUGUGCUUUCUGAAUUUCAAGGCUCAACGUACUGGGGCUUCCUCCCAUCCUUCUUUUCAGCCAUUUGUUCUGAAUGGUUUCUAAGAGAGCUUUCUAUUUGUGUUGCUAAAUCAAUAAACUACAAUGCUGGUCUCUCUGUAUAGAAGUGGAAAGCUGUUUUGCCCUGCCUGAAGGAGAUAAACUGAUGGCAACACCUGAGGUGUGAAAUAUUAACUCCUUAAAUAAUCGCUUAACUUCUCUCCAACACAUCUUGCUGUUUUCUUUGUAUACCUUGGGAUCACUGGUGGAAAGGGUUUGUGUAUGGAAGAAAGUCUCUCUCUCUCUUUUUGUACUGUAAUUGUGCUUUUUAGAACAUUUAUUUUCGGGUCUUCAAGUUAAUAUUGCAAAGAGGGAACUUUAAUGACUGGUAUGACCAGGCCAAAGUUUCCCAAACUUUUGGUGAUGGGUGCACUUUUUUUCUUGAUUGAAAAUUGUAGGCAUCCUUCUUUCUUUACACAUGUUACAAGUAAACCUUUUGAGGAGCCUUGUCUGCAAUUGUGGGAGUCACUGGUGACAGUACAAACUAUUAACACUAAGCAUGAUAUAUACUGGCAACCCUAUUGUCAAAAGUUUCUUGCCUUAUUGGUUGGUUGAAGCUUGUGGUUCCAUCCUUUGUGUUUUUCCCUCAGGCUUCCUAUCUUGCAUUUAACACUCUGUAACCAGAUUUGUCAGGACAAGAGAUAAGAAGGCUGAGAUUCUGCCAUUCUUCUGCCUGCCUAGAAACUGCAACCAGAGAGCAAAAGCAGAUUAAGAAACUUGGAAGGAGAGGUCAUCUGUUACUGUAAUGCUCUGUAUCACUAGUAACAUGGUCUGUGUCCAUGACAGCUGUGGAUAUGUAAGGGCCUGUCAAAAGACUUUAUUUGGGGGAAAGCUUAUCUGACUUGAAAUAUCUUUUGUGAUGCGCUGCUGUUGAGUAUCCUUAGAUUAUAAAAUGACCCAUAAGUCUCAUUCUGAACUGUCUAUUGGAAACUUGUUCUGGACCCUGUUUUAAGGUGGGUGUGUCUCUUACCUGGCUUGCAAGAAGACCCAACUAGUGCAAAGGGAGUAAACUUUGCACUUCACAAUUACCGUAUUUUUCGCUCUAUAGGACACACUUUUUCCCCUCCAAAAAUUAAGGGGAAAUGUGUAUGCGUCCUAUGGAGCGAAUGCAGGCUCCUUGGCUUCAGCGAUAGCAACGCAAAGCCUCUAAAGUGCAGAGGGAGCGCUCCCUCCGCACUCCGGAGGCUUCGCGUUGCUUUCGCUGAAGCCUUCGGAGCGCAGUGCGAGUUCCCGCUGUGCUCUGGAGGCUUCGGGUUCCUUUUGCUGAAGCCGGGAGAGCAAGACUCUCCUGGCUUCAGCAGAGAGGGAGAGCUGCGCAGCGCCCCUUCAGCCCAGCAGGAGGAGAAAUGGAAGGGGCUCCGUUUCUCCUGCCGCUUCGCUGAAGGGGCGCUGAGCAGAGAGGGGGAGAAUUUUUUUCUUGUUCUCCCCCUCUAAAACAAGGUGCGUCCUAUGGUCGGGUGCAUCCUAUAGAGCGAAAAAUACGGUAGUUGGGUUUUUAACUUCUGGGAGUUUUGCAAGGGUGUUGGAAAUUGGGGUGAGUGCAUGAGACGACGUUGGCCCUGAGGGCCAUCAUCCAGUUUGUCGUUCCAUGAGCUGCUUUGCUGGCUUCAUUACAUGACAGGCUGGGAUUGGCAAGUUUGUUUAUCUAGAAUCAUAGAAUCAUAGAAUCAUAGAAUCAUAGAGUUGGAAGAGACCACAAGGGCCAUCGAGUCCAACCCCCUGCCAAGCAGGAAACACCAUCAGAGCACUCCUGACAUAUGGUUGUCAAGCCUCUGCUUAAAGACCUCCAAAGAAGGAGACUCCACCACACUCCUUGGCAGCAAAUUCCACUGUCGAACAGCUCUUACUGUCAGGAAGUUCUUCCUAAUGUUUAGGUGGAAUCUUCUUUCUUGUAGUUUGGAUCCAUUGCUCCGUGUCCGCUUCUCUGGAGCAGCAGAAAACAACCUUUCUCCCUCCUCUAUGUGACAUCCUUUUAUAUAUUUGAACAUGGCUAUCAUAUCACCCCUUAACCUCCUCUUCUCCAGGCUAAACAUGCCCAGCUCCCUUAGCCGUUCCUCAUAAGGCAUCGUUUCCAGGCCUUUGACCAUUUUGGUUGCCCUCCUCUGGACACGUUCCAGUUUGUCAAUGUCCUUCUUGAACUGUGGUGCCCAGAACUGGACACAGUACUCCAGGUGAGGUCUGACCAGAGCAGAAUACAGUGGCACUAUUACUUCCCUUGAUCUAGAUGCUAUACUCCUAUUGAUGCAGCCCAGAAUUGCAUUGGCUUUUUAGCUGCCGCGUCACACUGUUGGCUCAUGUCAAGUUUGUGGUCAACCAAGACUCCUAGAUCCUUUUCACAUGUACUGCUCUCAAGCCAGGUGUCACCCAUCUUGUAUUUGUGCCUCUCAUUUUUUUUGCCCAAGUGCAAUACUUUACAUUUCUCCCUGUUAAAAUUCAUCUUGUUUGUUUUGGCCCAGUUCUCUAAUCUGUCAAGGUCGUUUUGAAGUGUGAUCCUGUCCUCUGGGGUGUUAGCCACCCUCCCAAUUUGGUGUCAUCUGCAAAUUUGAUCAGGAUGCCCUUGAGUCCAUCAUCCAAGUCGUUGAUAAAGAUGUUGAAUAAGACCGGGCCCAAGACAGAACCCUGUGGCACCCCACUAGUCACUCUUCUCCAGGAUGAAGAGGAACCAUUGAUGAGCACCCUUUGGGUUCGGUCAGUCAGCCAGUUACAAAUCCACUGAGUGGUAGCAUAGUCAAGACCACAUUUUACCAGCUUCUUUACAAGAAUAUCAUGAGGCACCUUGUCAAAUGCCUUGCUGAAAUCAAGGUAGGCUACAUCCACUGCGUUCCCUUCAUCUACCAGGCUUGUAAUUCUGUCAAAAACGAGAUCAGGUUAGUCUGACAUGACUUAUUUUUCAGAAAUCCAUGCUGACUAUUGGUGAUCACAGCAUUCCUUUCUAGGUGCUCACAGACUGUUUGCUUAAUGAUCUGCUCCAGAAUCUUCCCUGGUAUUGAUGUCAGACUGACUGGGCGGUAAUUAUUUGGGUCCUCUCUUUUCCCUUUUGAAAAUAGGGACAACAUUUGCCCUCCUCCAGUCUGCCGGGACUUCGCCUGUUCUCCAGGAAUUUCAAAGAUGACUGCCAGUGGUUCUGAGAUCACAUCUGCCAGUUCUUUUAAUACUCUUGGAUGCAGUUCAUCUGGCCCUGAGACUUGAAUACAUCUAAACUAGCCAAGUAUUCUUGUACUAUCUCCUUAGUUAUUCUGGGCUGUGUUUCCUUUGCUGAAUCAUUUGCUCCAAAUUCUUCAGGUCGGGCAUUGUUUUCUUUAUCGGAGAAGACUGAGGCAAAGAAGGCAUUGAGGAGUUCAGCUCUUUCUGUGUCCCCUGUUUGCAUUUCACCAUCUUCUCCUCUGAGUGACCCCACUGUUUCUUUGUUCUUCCUUUUGCUACUGACAUACCCAUAAAAGCCUUUUUGUUGCUUUUAACCUCUCUAGCAAGCCUGAGUUCAUUCUGUGCUUUAGCUUUUCUGACUUUGUGUCUACACGUGCUGGCUAUUUGUUUGAAUUCCUCUUGGUGGUUUCCCUUUUCCAUUUUUUGUACACAUUCAUUUUUACUCUUAACUCAGUUAAAAGUUCUUUAGAUAGCCACCCUGGCUUCUUUAGGCACCUUCCAUGUUUCUGUCUCAUUGGUAUUGCCUGACGUUGUGCUUUUAGUAUCUCCCUCUUAACAAACUCCCAGCCAUCAUGAACUCCCUUUCCUUUUAGUAUUACUGUCCAUGGGAUCUCACCCAGCACUUCCCUAAGUUUUAUGAAGUCAGCUUUCUUAAAGUCAAGAAAUUGAGUCCUAGUAUGCUUGGCUGCUCCUUUCCGCUGUAUAGUAAACUUCAGAAGAGCAUGAUCACUCGCGCCUAAUGAUCCUUCCACUUCUACCCCACUAACCAGGUCAUCAACAUUGGUUAGGACCAGAUCUAAAAUGGCUGUUCCUCUUGUUGCUUCUCCCACUUUCUGGACAAUGAAGUUGUCUGCAAGGCCAGUGAGGAAUCUGUUUGACCUUAUGCUCUUGGCUGAGUUUGACAUCCAACAAAUAUCCGGGUAAUUGAAGUCCCCCAUUACUACUAUCUCCUUCCUUUUGCAUGCUUGGCCAUCUGUUCCAGGAAGGCAUCAUCUAUGUCCUCCGUUUGGCUUGGGGAUCUAUAGUAAACUCCCACAAUGAGGUCACUGUUAUUCUUCUCUCCCUUAAUUUUGACCCAAAUGCUCUCACUUUGGCUUUGAGGUUCUAAAUCUUGGAUCUCUUCACAGGUAUACACAUCCCUGACAUAUAACGCCACUCCUCCUCCUUUCUUGUCUGGUCUGUUUCUCUGAAAUAGAUUGUAUCCCCCAUUAUUACAUUCCAAUCGUGGGACUUAUCCCACCAGGUUUCAGUGAUGCCUAUUAUGUCAUAUUUAGUUUGCUGUACCAAGAGCUCAAGCUCAUCUUGUUUAUUUCCCAUGCUUUGCGCAUUAGUGUACAGACAUUGAAGUCCAUUAAUCAUUCCCCGUGUCUCUUAUUUAAGGAUUUUUCCUCCCACCACUAGGUCUGUGUGCUGUUUGCUCCAUUUGGUCUAUGACAUUUGGAUGAUCAUCUUCAUCAAUUGAUAGACUCCUACCUUCAGGAGCACUGUCUCCCUCCCCACAUUAGUCAGUUUAAAGCCCUCCUGAUGAGGUUUCUGAGAUUUUUGGCAAAAACAUUUCUCCCAACCGUUGUGAGGUGCAGCCCAUCGCUUGCCAGAAGUCCAUCUUCAAGAAACUGCAGUCCGUGAUCUAAGAAUCCAAACCGUUCCUGUUUACACCAUUUGCGAAGCCAGCUGUUCACUUCCACUAUUUUCCCUCUCUCCCUGGGCCACGUCGUUCAACUGGGAGGACAGAUGAGAUCACAAUUUGUGCAUUUAAUUGCUUCAAUUUCCUGCCCAGAGCCUCGUAGUCUCUUUUGAUCUUCUGGAGGCUAUUGCUUGCAGUGUCAUUGGUUCCCACAUGAACCAAGAGGAAGGGGUAUUUGUCAGUGGGUUUUAUGAUUCCUUGCAGUCGUUCAGUUACAUCUUGGAUCUUAGCCCCGGGAGACAGCACACUUCCCGAGACAUCUUGUCAGGCCCACAGAUCACUGCUUCUGUUCCCUCAGUAGGGAAUCCCCUAUCACCACUACACGCCUCCUCUUAGGUUUGGUCGGGGUUCUUCCGUGAGCUGUCUGCUCCAAGGUCGCCUGCACAUUCCCUGAGGACUGACUUUGCUGCUCGUCUUCAUAUACCUGAUCGACUGUAAUGAGGGAGAGAUCCUCAAAUGGAGUCUGCUCUUCGUCUUCCAUGCUAGGGGAGAGGACCUCAAAGCGAUUGUGUAUUUCUAAACAAUCAGAGCGAACCCUGGGCCUCCUACUUCUUUGAGUCACGUUUCUCCAUAUAUCUGGCUCCUGUGUUGGUGAACUAGCGUCCUUCUCAGGGGAGUCCCCUGUCUCCUCCUUGGUGGAGACGGUGUGCUCUGUUGCUUCCAAGAAGAGCUCCAGCUCUCUAAUUCUUUGGAGCGUAGCUACACGUUCCUCCAGUUGCUGGACUUUGUCUUUUAAGAGGGCAAUCAACAUGCAAUUGCUGCAGGUAAAGCUGCCUGCAACCUUUGGCAAGAUGGCAAACAUUGCGCAGGAACCGCAGGCGACUGCAGCUGUUCCCUCCUCCAUCUUGAGAACGUGUCGUUGGGGUGGCUACAGCAGUCCUCCAACAUAAAAAGCGUUAAGACAGGAAAAAUUACUCCCCACACAAAAAACCUAGGUCUCCCCAACAAACGCUUGAGACUAGCUCCCUAAAUCUAAAAGAUGGAUCAAACUGCUGCCCUGCAAGCUCUGAUAAGCUCCUCCCACAGCUAAUCACCUGCCUGAACAGAAACCCUGCCCCCUCUGACCUUUGCACAGGGAGAGCAGCCAAUCAGCCACAAAGAAACACACACACACACAAGAAAACCCUUUUGCUCCUUCUUCAACUGCUGCCCUGCAAACUCUGAUAAGCUCCUCCCACAGCUAAUCACCUGCCUCAACAGAAACCCUGCCCCCUCUGACCUUUGCACAGGGAGAGCAGCCAAUCAGCCACAAAGAAACACACACACACAAGAAAACCCUUUUUGCUCCUUCUUCAACUGCUGCCCUGCAAACUCGUCUUUCCAUUCGUCUAUCUCGUCUAUCUUCUGGUCUUUCCAUUCACUUGUCCUUCCUGUGCACACUUCAGCUGUGAAGCCGUUUGCUUGCAUGCGCUACCAUAGAGAGUAAUUGGCUUGUGUGUGUAUAUCAGUAUUGGGCUAGGCUCAGGCAGAGCUUUUCGGUUACCAGGGCACUGGUAACUUUGUGGGGAGGAUGCCCCAGAGUUCUUUGUAAAUUUGCACAAUGGCUAAUUGUUUAAAUUUAUUAUAUGUUUUAUGUGUUAUUGCUGUAUACCGCUUUGAUAUUUUUCGUUACACGAUAAAGUGGUAUAUAAAUACUUUAUUUAAAAAAACCAAACUUUGAUUCCUAAAGCACAGGUAGGUAGGUAAUAAUUUAAUAGUGAUAAUUUUAUUAUUUGCAUGUUGCCCACUGGACUGGAUUCCCCCAGCCACUCUGGAAAUCACCUGGAAAGGGUCCUGUGAACAAAUAAAGGCUUGUCCAUACUUUUGCUUGAGCCAUAUUUUGAUCAUAUUGUGUACCGAUUAAUUCCUCCGGCUCCAAGAGCUUUUCUCGUUGUUCCACGGCUGUGCCUUGCAAAAGUUCAGUCUUACCUGCUGAAUUGAAGCUUCGCUAAGCAGAAUUGCUUUUUUCGGAUUUUCCACGGGUCUGACAAGUCAAGCAAGAGUGUGGAUGAGCCCUAAUUCAGGGUGAACCUUAUUGCUCUGUUUUUGUGUGGGCUCCUUUCUGGCUGAGCAAUAUGUGAAAACUAAAGCUAGCCAAACUACGGAUAGUAAAGCAGGGAGAGUCAUCAAGGCAUCGGAGAUUCUCCCUUCCCAGGCCAGCGUUCUUUCUUCCUAAUGAGCCGUUCACCUUCGCUGCUUUAUUCUUUAGCACAGUUUUGGUCAGCUAGAAGUGUGCCAAUACAGACCUGACUCUUCCUCUCAUGUCCCACCUGUUGCUGUGAUCAAGAGCUGUAGUGUCACUGGCCUCUCGUGCACGAAAUGGUGCCACGCAUCCUCCUGAGCCCUGAAACCUCAUUUUGAAUCGGGCCUUUUGCAUUCUGGUUUAAAAGUCCUUUUUGUAGCUCUUGGCAGCCCUGUUCCCACGUUUUGAUUGCUCAACUGUGAGAACCAGGGACGUGCUGGCCUUUUAAGAUACCUGGAUGUUUCAGGAUCAGGGGCAGGUAGCCGCAGGCCGCAUAGGCUGCAUCCUACUGCCUCCGUUCAAUGGGUUGCCAGUUUGUUGGGGUAGCAGACUUCAGUUUCAGCAUUACCCCUUUGGGGUUCAGAGAGAAAAGUUGCCACCAACGCCGACUUGGAUUCUUUGUGAAGAACAUUUGUGCUGGGUUACCAGGAUGGGGCUUAUAGUGUUCAGAGUUCUAGCCCCAGAUUCCUUAUGCAGCUGAAACCCACCUUGGAUCAAAUCUAUGCUUCCAGGUGCCAUAAGAAAGCCGCAGAGAUAGUGCAGGAUAGUGCACACCCAGGAAAUGAUCUCUUUCAGCUUCUGCCUUCUGGAAGAAGGUACAGGGUUAUAAAGACUAGGAUUAGCCGCCUGAGAAACAGUUUUUACCCAAAUGCAAUUUUGGUUUUAAACGCAGUGUAAGGAGUCUCUAUGGGUGUAUAUUGUAUUUAGAAAUGGGGUAUCAGAGUUUUUAGGGGGGUAACUAGGUUGGAAUAGCAGGCUUGUUGGGUUUUGAAUGUUUUAUGUAGAUUUUUCAAUUUUGUUGUUCUGAAUGGGACAAUGACAAUAAAGAUUAUCGUAUCGUAUCUUAUACAGUGGUACCUCAGGUUACAUACGCGUCAGGUUACAUACACUGCUAAACCAAAAAUAGUGCUUCUGGUUAAGAACUUUGCUUCAGGUUGAGAACAGAAAUUGUGCUCCAGCGGCGCAGCAGCAGCAGGAGGCCCCAUUAGCUAAAGUGGUGCUUCAGGUUAAGAACAGUUUCAGGUUAAGUACAGACCUCCAGAAUGAAUUAAGUACUUAACCCGAGGUACCACUGUAAACCAAAAGCAAAACUCUUAGUACAGGCAGCGACCAUUUCGCGUGGGAUGGGGAUGUCUGUCCUUGGCCCCCAUUAUGCCCCCUUUCUGCCCUCUUCCACGUCCCAAAGUACCCGUGCUUUAGCAAUCGUGCUUCAGUUGGACGUGCCUAAAAUAGUCGCCACCUGUAGCUAGUAUCAAAAGUUUUAGGCACAAUUGCUCUACAGGAGUGGCUCCCAGUUGAUGGUCCACAGACUCCAGGAGAUCUGUGCCACCAUCCACAUAGCAAAACCUACCAUAGAGAUGCCAACAUUUUCAAAAGUAGAGGGCCCAUGGCUUGGCUUUUGAACAACAGGCGGUCCACAGUAUUUAGCAAAUCUGGAACCACUGCUCUACAGGGUUGUGGUUCGGGGAGAAAUUGGAUGCUAAAGCUAGCCCCAUGGCUACUAGUCACGAUGACUAGUACAGAUUAGAGAACUGGGCCAAAACAAACAAGAUGAAUUUUAACAGGGAGAAAUGUAAAGUAUUGCACUUGGGCAAAAAAAAUGAGAGGCACAAAUACAAGAUGGGUGACACCUGGCUUGAGAGCAGUACAUGUGAAAAGGAUCUAGGAGUCUUGGUUGACCACAAACUUGACAUGAGCCAACAGUGUGACGCGGCAGCUAAAAAGCCAAUGCAAUUCUGGGCUGCAUCAAUAGGAGUAUAGCAUCUAGAUCAAGGGAAGUAAUAGUGCCACUGUAUUCUGCUCUGGUCAGACCUCACCUGGAGUACUGUGUCCAGUUCUGGGCACCACAGUUCAAGAAGGACACUGACAAACUGGAACGUGUCCAGAGGAGGGCAACCAAAAUGGUCAAAGGCCUGGAAACGAUGCCUUAUGAGGAACGGCUAAGGGAGCUGGGCAUGUUUAGCCUGGAGAAGAGGAAGUUAAGGGGUGAUAUGAUAGCCAUGUUCAAAUAUAUCAAAGGAUGUCACAUAGAGGAGGGAGAAAGGUUGUUUUCUGCUGCUCCAGAGAAGCGGACACAGAGCAAUGGAUCCAAACUACAAGAAAGAAGAUUCCACCUAAACAUUAGGAAGAACUUCCUGACAGUAAGAGCUGUUCGGCAGUGGAAUUUGCUGCCAAGGAGUGUGGUGGAGUCUCCUUCUUUGGAGGUCUUUAAGCAGAGGCUUGACAACCAUAUGUCAGGAGUGCUCUGAUGGUGUUUCCUGCUUGGCAGGGGGUUGGACUCGAUGGGCCUUGUGGUCUCUUCCAGCUCUAGGAUUCUAUGAAAUGAUCUCCAGGACCAGGAAGAGAACAUGCCUGUGAAUGCCAUUUGCUGGGAGUUGCAGAUGAGAGUGCUGUUGCACCCAGCUCCUCCUCUUGGGCUUCCCUUUGGAGUUCCUGGGUGGCCACUGCCAGAACGGGAUGUUGGACUAAAACUAGAUAGACCUUUCAAUCUGAUCCACCAAAACCCCUCUUAUGUUCUUUAAGCUUGGGGCUGUUGCCAUCAUAUGUUCAGAAACUUUGGGGGUUUCCGAAUCCUGUCUGGCUUGCAAAGCCGGUCAGAGCCCUGGUUGAGUGUUGAUAAUGUUUUCCCUCUUGGCGGACGGUGCCUGCAACAACAACAACAAUAAUUAUUUUAUUAUUCAUACCCUGCCCAUCUGUCUGGGUUUCCCCAGCCACUCUGGGAGACUUACAGCACAUUAAAAAAUGUAGAACAUAUAGACAUUAAAAAAUUUCCCAAUACGGGAUUGCCUUCAGAUGUCUUCUAAAAGUCAGAUAAACAACUAUCUGACUUUUAGAAGACAUCUGAAGGCAACCCAAUAUCUGGAAAUUUGUAAUGUCUAUUAUAUAAUAGACAUUAAUAGGCAAUAGACAUUAUAUAAUGUCUAUUGAUGGGAGGGUGUUCCACAAGGAGGGCGCCACUGCCGAGAAGGCCCUCGGCCUGGUUCCCUGUAACUUUGCUUCUCACAGUGGGGGAACUGCCAGACGGCCCUUAAAGCUGGACCUCAGUGUCCAGGCUGAACAAUGGCAGUAUAUCCUUCAGGUAUACUGGAUAUACUGGGCGGAGGCCGUUGAGGGCCGCAAAGUGGAAUUAUGCUUCAGCUUCACUUUCAUUCUCUUGGGCUGCAUUCCAGCCCCACAACCCACUGCAUUGGGUUUGGACGAGGCAGAGGUCUCUCUUUGCCUGGGCCAAAAGAAGCUCCACCAGCCAGGGCCGGACAUUUCGCCACAAGAGGCAAAACAGAAAAUGGCACCCACCACCGCUUGCCAGCCUGCCACCUGAGGUAACUGCCUAAUAACAGCUAAUGGGCAGGCCGGCCCUGGCACCAGGAGAUGAGUCCAGCGACACUGCCCCAGUACAGAACUUCUUGUUCAGAAGCGUGGCUGGAUGAUAGUGAUGCAGGCUGAAUCCCCACUGAUGGUAGCCCCCUCCACUGCCAUCAACAGAAAGCCCUCAAACAGGCUGCUCGUUCUAACUCUGAAGGUGACCCGGAAACUACAACUAAUCCAGAACGCGUCAGCUACACUGGUGACGGGGGGUGGCCACUGAGACCAUAUAACACUGGUCUUGAAAGACCUACAUUGGCUCCCAGUACGUUUCCGAGCACAAUUCAAAGUGUUGGUGCUGACCUUUAAAGCCCUAAAUGGCCUCGGUCCAGUAUACCUGAAGGAGCGUCUCCACCUCCAUCGUUCUGCCCGUACACUGAGGUCCAGCUCCGAGGGCCUUCUGACGGUUCCCUCGCUGUGAGAAGCCAAGUUACAGGGAACCAGGCCUUCUCAGUAGUGGCACCCACCCUGUGGAAUGCCCUCCCACCACCAGAUGUCAAAGAGAUAAACAACUACUAGACUUUCAGAAGACAUCUGAAGGCAGCCCUAUUUAGGGAAGCUUUUAAUGUUUAAUAGGUUAUUGUUUUUUAGUGUUCUGUUGGGAGCCGCCCAGAGUGGCUGGGGAAACCCAGCCAGAUGGGCGGAGUAUAAAUAAUAAAUUAUUAUUAUUAUUAUUUGAUGGCAUCAGGAUGUGCCAGCUGCAAGGUAUCACAGCACAGAGAAUAGUUCAACCUGUCUUGCUCCCUGACCAGCGUCCGGAUGGCUCUGCCAGCUGUUGGCACAGCCCCUUGCCCAGCUUUGGGUCUCUACCUGCAGACCCGAGCGGCUCCCUCCUCCACAUUACGUAGCUGUGGGUGGCAUUUGAUGUGCCUCCUUCCUCCUCUGAAGGUAUAAUUAGGGCCAGCUGCCUUGCUGCUCCUCCAGACUUCUCCUGGUGGCUUUUCUUGGGGACGGCAUUUGCUUUGGUUGGCUCUAAUUAUAGUGUCCAGAGGAUAGAGGGAUCCAGACAGCCAUUUCCUCAGUCUCUCUCUCUCUCUCUCUCUCUCUCUUUUAAAGACAGAUGCUCUCUCUUUAUAUAAGGGCUUUAAUAGAAACAGGCUUCUCUGUCGAAGAGUUCACAACUGUUUAAACCCGAGGCAGUGCCCAGACGGUGGGGAAAGCUGUGCUGUGCUCAUGGAUACAGCAUUUUGUGUUCAUGCCAGUUAGUUUUUAGGAAAUUCGUUGGAUUUUUCUGCUUGUGCUUUUUAUCAUUCGAAAGGCAGAUAGUAAAAUUAUCCAUAAUUGGUUCUUUCCACUGCACUGAUAAGCAGGAGGAGUCUCCUAAUGGAGCUUUUAUCCAGCAACACUGGCAUUCUUUUGAAUUCCCAGGCAUUCAGUUAUGUAAUAGGUAUGGGGUUUUUUGGCAGGGGGAGUUACAUGUGUCUUUGAGGUAACCCAUGCUUUUCAUCUUGCUUCUGACUCCUUUCAAGGCCUUCAGGCCAAGUCACUUUCAGGUGCUGCUGUUUCUUGCCUCGGGUGUUCAAGUUGUAUGGCUCCUGCAGUAUCAUCAAAGUAUAUACAGUCAUACCUUGGGUUACAGACGCUUCAGAUUGCGUUUUUUCGGGUUACGGACCCGCCAAAACCCGCAAGUACCAGAAUGGGUUACUUCCAGGUUUCGGCAGUUGCACAUGCACAGAAGUGCUAAAUCGUGCUUUGUGCAUGCACAGAAGCGCCAAAUUGCAACCCGCGAGUGCGCAGACGCGCCACUGCGGGUUGCAAACGCGCAUCCCGCACGGAUCUCGUUCACAACCUGAGCGUCCACUGUAUAUAGUACUUCAUGUGAGCAAGAAUGAUGGGGGAGGGGGUCUCUGAGGACCUUCGAGUUUAAACUUCCAUGGUACAGGGGGAAUGAAAGGAAGAGGCCUCAUUUCUGUAGGAUUAGUGUGCACAAGUGGUUGGGUGUGAGGGGCUACUAUUGUUUGGCUUUCCCUUGGUUGCCUUCAGAGCCAGCUGUGUAUCCUUGGUCAGUGCCAGCCUUGACUUAACUAGUGUGCCAGUUCUGCUCAGAGGUCUCCAAAAGCUCUUCUCUGGGCAAGAGCAGUACAGGGGUGGAAGAAACGUUCCAGUCAAACCGAAGCAAAUGCUUUGUGAUCGUGGCCUAGGUUGGCAUUCUGGGAUUAGAAGGCUGCAAGAUGCGAUUCCAAACCCGUAAUUCCUGCAUCCCAGGGGGUUGGGCUAGAUGACCCUUGGGGUACCUUCCAACAGCACUUCUGUGAUUCUGUGAAAGGGGCACCACACUCUUGAGUUCGCCGUCGUCAUCACCGUGCAUUUUGUAGUUCAAAAUGUUGAGCCUUGUGUGAACUGUCCAAAGCAGUUGCCCCUGGACUCUAUCUCCCAGAGACACGUCUGAAUUUGAACUCUGGCCCACCAGACCCAGGCCGAACAUUUCCUUGAGUCAGUAUUUUUUUUUUUUUUGAACCAACUACUAUGCCACCCUUCAAUAUAAAUAUUCUCAGGGAGCCUUUCACAAUAAUUAAAAAGUAUCAUGUUAAAAACAAAUGCGAAUUGGCCUGGGUGUUCCAUUGUCACCACAUUGUGUUGAUAGACAGGAGUUUUUGAAAGCAUGGGGUUCUGUUUUCCCAACAUAAUUUUGUAGGGUACAGACAAAUAUGGAGGGAUGCAAAGAUCCUCAUCCUUGACUCUCGUUCUCUCUUACAGGGGGGUUCUGAGACAUCCUGCUGA